UCAAAGUGAAAUGAAAACACAUGUCUUGUAAACACGUAUCGUAUCGCAAGAAUUAGCCGGCAAUUCCGUUUUUAUAUUCUCUAAACACCUUCUAAGACAGAAUGUCUGCCAGUGUCCGCUCGUUGAAAAUAUUCGUGGGCAACAUCGCCUGGACCGUGGGGCACCGGGAGUUGCGUAAUUAUUUUAGCCAAUUUGGAAAGGUUGCUUGGGCACAGGUGGUGUUCGAUCGGAAAACGGGAGUUUCGAAGGGCUACGGGUUCGUGACGUUCCAAAAGAAAUCGUCGCUGGACAACCUGGACCGCAAUCAGAAGCACAUGCUCGACAACACGCCCAUCUUCUUCCAGCAAACGGAUUAGCUGCUAGUGGUCGAUAGAGCGGAUUGACCGUCACAAUUGGUGUGGCCAGCGUAAACGGUAAUCAGCCCGUUCUUUGAGCUGCACAGUGCUUAGGAAAUGUAUCAUUUCUAACAAGUGGCUGUUGGGGAACAUCCGGAUUGUUAUGGCAAGGCAUUCAUACUGUCUCAUGUAGGAAAAUAUCGAAGUCUGGCGGCGCUGCAUCAUUAAAUACAAAUAAAAUAAUCU